AUGGCAGAAGCAGCCGAGAAAAAACUGGAGAACGAUUUCACGACUCUCCGACAAAAACAUCACCAGGAAAAAGAAUCUCUCCGUAAAACGAUGUCCGGUUUAUUAAAUCAAGCGGAUAAUGAAAAGGAUUUACAAAAUGAACUGAAUGUGUUGAGCGAUAAAUUCAGCGCAUCGUUGUCGGAUUUGGAUGAGAAACAACAGGAGUUGAGAGAACUUCGCAAAGAGCUCGACACGAUGAAAGUCGACAAAGAGCGAUAUGAGAAAGAUGCGAAAUUGCUGCCAUCCGUAAAACAGGAAGUGACAACUUUGCGCGAAAAGCUUUACGCGGUUGAGGAGAAAAAUGCCGAGUUGGAGGCGGCGCUGGAAGAGAUUGGACCACAGUUAUCUAUAUCAAAAUUGAAGAUUCUGGAACUACGCGAGGAAACGCUACCAAUGACGGGAGAAUGGCAAAAAGAUGGAGAAGUCGCUGAAUGUAAUGCUUGUCAGUUAACAUUCACAAUGGCAAAAAGGAAACACCAUUGUCGUGCUUGUGGCCGAAUCUUUUGCUCAACUUGUUCAUCGGGUCGGAUCCGUCUCCCUUCUUCAUCCCAACCUGUUCGCGUGUGCUCGGCCUGUUUCCACCAUCUACAACUCGUCUACGAUCCGACGGAGAGUCGGCAAAGU